AUGCAUCUCGUCAUCGUCGUCGUGGGCCUCGUCGCCCUGACGGCAGCUGCGCCACUCGAAAAGAUCGGCGAUACCGAGAUGCACCAGGCUCAGGAUAAAGACUACACCAAAUAUGCCGGAUACCACCCAUACUACUCUUACGGGCCGUACUCCUCUGCAGCCGAAGCAGAAGCAGCCAAGACGCAGCAAGGAUCAGAGGCUGCAAACAUGAAGCGAGACGACACACAACCUGUAGUGGAAAACUACGCCCAGUAUGGCGUCUACUACACUACCUACGACCCCUAUCCAUCAGAAGUGGAGGCUGCGGCAGCGAAAGAUGACAUGGAAAAGCGAGGUUAUUCCUGCUACGAGACAUACACUCCUUACUCUGCCGCUGUCGAGGCUGAAGCCGAAGAGGCGUCCAUGGCCAAGCGUGGAUAUUCCUGUUACGAAGCAUAUACUCCCUACCCUGCUGCGGUGGAAACCGAGGCCAAGAAGAUGGAUGCAGACAUGGCUAAGCGCCAUAUGUUGAGCAUGCCCAAAGAGAUGAUGGAUAAUAUUGCGAGCAGCAGUGUAAAACGCGACAUGCCCAAGGAAGUGCAGGCUGCUGGUGAUUCCUGGUACAAGUCGUACAAGUAA